UCCUCUGUUCUUCUUCUUCUCCUUCCUCUCACUGACUCAAAAAUCUCUGAUUCGAUGUCUUAGAAACCAUUUGCUUAGAGAGGAUUAAGUUUAGUUAGUCUACGUUCCGAAAUUUGCUAUCGUUUCUGUAGGGAAGAUUUUGUUGUUAUAUAUCUCUAUGGAUUUUAUGGUGUCCACAAGCAGUGUACAGGAAGGGUUUUGUUUGAUUCAACAAUUUCAUCGCGAGAGUAAACGAAGUAACAAGCUUGACGUCUCAGGGCGCACGAGAAGUGGUAGUAUUAGGUCUAAAGUCCCUCUUGGGUCACGAAAAAGGAAUCGACUUGUUACUGUUUUCGCGGCCUCCAAAGUCGAGAGUUCGGGUCUUAAUGGUAGAGCUCAAAAGUUCGAAACUUCUUCUGCCUCUGGGCAUACCAACAGUAACGGUAACGGUCAUUACAGCACUGCGAAUUCGUCUUUUGCGUUGGAAGAUGUCGAGAGUAACAACCAUUUGCGUCAGCUGGUUAGAACUGGGGAAUUGGAGGAAGGGUUUAGGUUUCUGGAAAACAUGGUUUAUCACGGUAACGUUCCAGAUAUCAUUCCCUGCACGACACUGAUCCGUGGGUUCUGUAGGAUGGGUAAGACGAGGAAAGCCGCAAAGAUCUUGGAGAUUCUUGAAGGCUCUGGUGCUGUUCCUGAUGUUAUAACUUACAAUGUUAUGAUUAGUGGGUAUUGUAAAGCCGGGGAGAUCAGUAACGCUUUAUCUGUUCUCGAUAGAAUGAGUGUUUCCCCGGAUGUUGUCACUUACAAUACCAUCUUGCGUUCUCUCUGCGAUAGUGGGAAACUAAAGCAAGCCAUGGAGGUUCUUGAUAGGAUGCUUCAGCGAGACUGUUAUCCUGAUGUCAUUACUUACACUAUAUUGAUCGAAGCUACUUGCAGAGAUAGCGGUGUUGGACAGGCCAUGAAGCUUCUAGAUGAAAUGAGGGAUAGAGGAUGUACGCCAGAUGUUGUCACUUAUAACGUUCUCGUCAAUGGUAUUUGUAAAGAGGGAAGACUAAAUGAGGCGAUCAAGUUCUUGAAUGACAUGCCAUCUUCUGGAUGUCAACCAAAUGUUAUUACACAUAACAUAAUUCUGCGGAGUAUGUGUAGUACCGGGAGAUGGAUGGACGCGGAGAAGCUUCUUGCUGAUAUGCUUCGUAAAGGCUUUUCGCCAAGUGUUGUCACUUUCAAUAUCUUGAUUAAUUUCUUGUGCAGAAAGGGUUUGCUUGGCCGAGCUAUUGACAUUUUGGAAAAGAUGCCUAAUCAUGGAUGCCAGCCGAAUUCUUUGAGUUACAACCCGCUGCUUCAUGGGUUUUGUAAGGAGAAAAAGAUGGAUAGGGCAAUCGAGUAUUUGGAAAGAAUGGUCUCUCGUGGUUGUUACCCGGACAUUGUGACCUACAACACUAUGCUAACGGCUUUGUGCAAAGAUGGGAAAGUUGAAGAUGCGGUUGAGAUACUCAAUCAACUUAGCAGCAAGGGAUGUUCUCCGGUUCUAAUCACUUAUAAUACUGUCAUCGAUGGGCUUGCAAAAGCAGGUAAAACAGGCAAAGCGAUAAAACUUCUUGACGAGAUGCGUGCUAAAGAUCUAAAGCCUGACACUAUCACCUAUUCCUCUCUUGUCGGAGGUUUAAGUAGGGAAGGUAAAGUAGAUGAAGCCAUAAAGUUUUUCCAUGAGUUUGAGCGGAUGGGCAUUAGGCCAAAUGCAGUCACCUUCAACUCUAUAAUGCUAGGACUCUGUAAGACUCGACAAACGGAUCGCGCCAUUGAUUUCUUGGUUUAUAUGAUCAAUAGAGGGUGUAAACCGACUGAAACGUCAUACACGAUUCUGAUAGAAGGCUUAGCUUAUGAAGGUAUGGCAAAGGAAGCUCUGGAGCUGCUUAAUGAGCUUUGUAACAAGGGACUCAUGAAGAAAAGCUCUGCAGAGCAAGUUGCAGGGAAGAUGUAGCAUAAAGUAGUUCACUCGCUUGUCUUGAUUUGUGCUUAAGAGAACAUUUUCAAUGGCUCCUUUCUACUUAUUAAGUCUUAGGUUCAGUAUUGAUUUUGUCAGAAUUUUGGUCUUUGGAGUUUGCAUAUCAAUAUGAUUCAGUUGUUACA